AUGAGCAAAUUAUAGCAAAGCUUGACUUUCCUGCUUUAUCUGAUACCUUAUCUGAACUCAUCACUAAUCAACAAAUAUGAAGGGUUUGAUCCAUAAUUGAGUGACUUUAAACUUCCAGAGAUCAAUUAGAAUCUUCUAAAAGAUGCAAAUAGAUACUCAGAAUUUUAAAAUGAAAAUUAGAUGUUGAAUCUUACAAUAAACUACACAAAUAUUGACUUUACAGUCAAUAUUGAUCUCAAUAAUUAAGCCUCUGUAAAAACCUAGUUCAACUCAAUUGAAUCAUUGAAAUCUACUAAGGAAGAAUAUGUAAGACUUACACCGCCUAUUUUCUGCAAGAUCAUACCGAAAAUAAUGAAUUAUACUAUCCUUAACGGCACAAAUGAUUUAAUUCUUCAAAGAGAUUCCCCUCAUACAGUAAUUGUUUUAAGUGAUUUGAUUAUAAAUCUGAUCGAAAGAGAGCCUCUAUUCUAAAUGCUUUAACUUUAGUAAAAUCAAAGCUACAAGCGUAAUAUUACGAUAACUGAGAUUAGAAAUUACACAUUCUAGGGAAACAAUUUGUUCAACAAAAGAUCGACUUUCUAGAAAAUAUUCAACCUCAACUCAGAUGAAUAUUUUGUAGCCGAGGAUGUGUUUGGUUAGCAAUACAUAAUGAAAAUGGAAAAACUUUAAUCACUUUAAAUGUACAGUUUCUCAGAGUAAAUAAAUAUUGCCUAUGUUGAAAAAAUAGAGACAUUUGUGGCUGAGAGUAAAUAUAUUGAAAGUCUGUUUAGUGGAACUGAGGUUAUGAAUAACAUUGGAAGUAAGAUACUUAAAAUCUAGAACUAUACUGACAUGAUUGAUAAGUAUUUUUACAAUCCAGAUACUAAGCAAGCAUUCUUUAUAGACAUAGCGAGAAAGUUAGUUAUCUAUGAUUUAAUAAUUGCUGUAUCCUAAAAUGAUGAUGGCAGUAAUUCAUAGAUCAACAUCACUGAAAUAGAGAAAGUCUAUGACUUUAUAAUACAAAAAGAGCAAAUAAUUCUAUUUAUUGACGAUGGGAAUCAGCUGGGCAUAAUAGAAUAUAAGAUUGAUGUAAAAAACAGGUAUCUAAAAUUAUUUAGAUAACAUUAAUAGUAUGACUGGCUGUAAAAGAAUUUAAUCUCCACUAUCAGAGUUGAUGAUUAGUACCUAUAUAUCUUAUCAAAGGAUUCCAUUUUAUAUGUUCUUCAAUACAAUUCAAACUUGAUAUUUAAGUCAAAAUACUUCGUGCUUUAACUGAAUUAAACAGACACUAUUUUACCCAUUGAAGUAUUGUCAGAGGAAGGAAUGAUUUUUGCAUAGGUGCAUUCACACUCAAGCACAUUCACUCUGCUCGCCCCUUUCAAUCACACAUCUGACAUUUUAAGAUGCUAAGCAUUUCCAAAGCCGAAUUAAUACAACAUUUAGGUGAGAUAAUACUCAAAUACUUGCAAUUUGAAAGAAUUAUCUGAGUAGGUUGAGGAGAAUUAAAAUUAUUAGAAGCUCUCAUAUUGUGUAGUAGAUUAAUACUACGUAGUAAAUGCGAGUUAUCCAGAACCUGAAACUAUUUUCACCAGUAAAACUACUAAAAACCUUGCAGUAAUCAUUGCAAUGUCAGUUAUUUUAGGGACAUUGUUCUUUGGUUCAGUUGCUUAUACAAUUUACAGAAAAACUAGAUAAGGGUGGUAUGAUGAAAACAAUAAUGAAAUUGCUGACACUGAUAGGAGAAAGCAAAAUCUCUAAAGAAUGCAAAACUAUCAUUAGCAAGACGAUGAUGAUGACAUUAUUAUAAGAUCUAGUUCAAGAAAUGCUAAUUUUAUCAGACCAGAUGGCUUUGAAAGAGUCUAAGAUAAUCAAAGUGCUAUUCAUUAUUGA